AUGGGAAUGUUCCUCGGAAACUCGUCGAAGCUUCUAGAAAUCACCAACGCGAAAUUCCCGGAGCUUGCCCUGAACAAAACAGAAUGUAUAGAAAUGAAAUGGGUCGAGUCGGUUCUGUUCUGGCUCAGUAUCCCACCCGGUACAGCACCAACCACGAGUAUGCUAAACCGAAUUCCGCAAAGGCAAAUCUACCUCAAGAGAAAAUCCGACUACGUGCAAAAACCGAUUUCAAGAACCGGUUUAGAUGCGAUAUUCAAGGUUCUGCUAGAGAACGAGAACGUGACAAUGGCUUGGAACCCGUACGGAGGGAGGAUGAGCGAGAUUCCAUCGACCGAGACAGCGUUUCCGCAUAGAGCAGGCAACAUGUUCAAGAUCCAGUACGCAGCAAACUGGUUUGUGCCAGGGGAAGCAGUGGCUAACGAUUGCUUGAGCCAGACGGAAAGAGUUUUCGAGGCAAUGACCCCUUACGUGUCGAAGAAUCCAAGAGAGGCGUUUUUGAACUAUAGAGACGUUAACAUUGGAACAAGCUCGAACUCUACGUACGAGGAAGGCAAAGUGUACGGAGUGAAGUACUUUAAGAAUAACUUCGAGAGAUUAGUUCAGGUGAAGAGCAGAGUUGAUCCAGACAACUUUUUCCGGUACGAACAAAGCAUUCCUGUGCUCUCCAGGUACUAG